UAUCGAAUCUAAGGACAGGUCUUUAGUGGCUCUACAGGUUUCUGUACCGUUUAACUGUAAAGUUCAAUUCAAAUUCAGCCUCACAGACUGGGGAAAAAAGUGCUUCUUAAUAAAUAAAACGCCGAUCUGUUAACAUAUAAGAUGCCUCGAGGAAGGGUGAACAAGACUCGAGAUACAACAGCCUGCGGCAGCCCCCUGGCAGCCAGUUCACCUAUACGCACAAACCAGAAAAAGCCGGACUUGAACUCUUGCAUUCAAAACUCCAAAUCCGCUCUGAAUGAGAUGUCCCAAUUAACAAAGCACAGAAUCAAAACCUUUAAAAACUUCAUUCCGCAUAUUCGUAGCAUUGUCGGGAACAAGGGGUUCUGCAGUGUCGAUACUAUAGAGGAUGACUGUAUGAGUAUACGUGAUUGUGUCAUUAAAGCGUUCAAAAGUGGAUCCGCAGAAAAUGUACAUAGCAUAGGCCAAUCUAGUCAGAAUUCAGUGAAUGCAAUGCCACCUCCAAGAAUAGUAUUGCCCAAAAAGAAAAUGACCCGAGGAAGGUCUGCUGAACCUAAAACAAACAAAAUGUCAACUCGAAAGCUUAGAACUUCUAGAAGUUUAUCAAAAGAUAAAAAAUUAUCACCAAAUACUUAUGAAACACCGGCAAGAAAUGAGACACCAUACCAUGUGGCGGCUGUCACGCCGAGUAUAAAGUGUCAGACUCCUGCACCGAUUUAUAGAAAGCCGACAGUGGGAGAACAGGUCAUUUCAAUGUCAGGAAGCCCGCUGAUGGUACCCCUCUACUCUGAUGCCGAGGAGCCUCAGUUACACAUCCCACUAUUGGAUGGAAGGGUUUUUGCAGUCAUGCCUCAAGAGAAUUUAGAAAGUGUCCCAAAUUUUACCGAUAUCGAUCCUGGUACAAUAGAGAAGCUUAAAAGGCUUCAUCAAUUUCUCCAGGAAAAAGUGCUGAAAUAAAUUUUAUAAUAUAAUUGUAAGCAAUUAUUGUACCUAGAUGGAAACAGUAAUAACAAUUUCCAUCAAAAACUUUUAUGUCUGCAUUUAUCACAAACUUGAUAUAUCAUUUUUUUAAAUAAAUAGUCUUCACAACACAAA